AUGCCCAUCCUAAACCCCAUGAUGGAAGCCCGUCAGACGACCGGCUGGCAGGUCUCCCGCACACCUCAUGAUAUGCCUCGAGCUUGGUACGAUGGUGGAUCAGACUGGCACGGUGAUGGAGGCAGGUUCUCCCAAGUUGGCUGGUUUGGCGAGGGGUUGAACUAUGUGCGCGACUUCAUGAUCGCAAACGGCCCUUUCGAUGGCUUCUUUGCGUUCUCUUCAGGUGCUGUGCUAGCAUCGAUCAUUGUUGGUAUGCUUGAGAAGGGUGAUGGUAAUUCGGACUUUUUGCCACACCCCUCUCUUCAGCCUCUCGACUUUUUCAUAUGCAUCUCCGGCUUCUUCCCCUCUGGCAGGCACGCCCCUCAUCCCAAAUACACCUAUCUCUAUCCCCUCACGCCCAGCACUGCCACACUCCACGUGAUUGGCAGGUUUGACACUCUGCUGUCUUCGGAGGAAUGUUUGUAUCUCGCUGGGCUCUGUCCCAAUCGUAGAGUCGAGUACCACAACGGAGCCUGGAUGUCGUCUUUCCUCCCUGGCGGCUCCAAAGGCCAAUAUAUACCUCCCGUCAACUCCUUCUCGCCAGCCUUCAUUGCCAAGUCCCAGCUCCAAGAGUCCAUUCCUGAUCCUAUCCCUUCCAUCAAAUCUCAAACUGUCGACCCGAAUGUUUCCAGAGAGAGAGAAGACGAGACCAUUGAGAAGAAACUUGAAGAGCCUCUUCGCGUGAUCAUCCCGGCAGUCAAGCCUCCGCCUUGGACGAGUACAGAUGUUCCCGUCAGACUUGUCAUGGCACCCCGGGCGGCGAAGGAAAGGGUGGCCACCGUUACUGUGUAUGGAGGCAUGGGUGGGGUCCGGAGUUGA